AUGGACGGAGGCAGCACACCUGACUACUAUCACACGCUCGGCGUCUCUUCGUCUGCCUCUGCCGAGGAGAUUCGCCAGGCGUACAAGCGCGAGUCGCUGCGCAGCCACCCCGACCGCUUUCCCAAUUCGACGGCCGAGGAGCGCCAGCGCCAUACGGCACGCUUCCAGAGCCUUGCCGAUGCCUACUAUGUGCUGUCCGACACGACGCGACGGAGCGAAUACGACGCCUUCCGACGAGCCUCGGGCUUCUCCAACUCGUCGUCGUCUGUUCCCCCCGGCGGCUUCGACACGGAUCCCGAAAAGGAGCAACAGGACAGCUUCCAUUUCUUCCGUUCCUUCUUCAGCAAUGCUCAGCACGGAGGCACGCCCUUUGGCGCCGCAGCCGGCGCCGGCAGUAGCAGCAGCAGCAGCGGCACCAGCGGUGAGCAGGGGGCUGGUGCGCAGCCGCAGGCCAACUACGUCUUUUCCGAUGUCUUCGAGGAGCUCCUCCGGCCCGAGGUGCACCGUGUCGCACCCGUGUGGAAGUGGGUCGGCAGUGCGAGCGGAGCAGGCCUCGGCUUCAUCCUCGCCAACAUUCCUGGCGCCAUUGGCGGGGCCGUGCUGGGCAAUCGGCUGGGCGCGAUCCGAGACGCAAAGGGCAAGAGCGUCGGCGAGGUCUUUAUCAACCUGGGCUCCGACCAAAAGGCAGAGGUGCUCAAGGCGCUUGCGUCCAAGGUGCUCGGCAGUCUCGGGUAGUUGUUCAUCCCAUCCCCAAAAAACAAUGGACGCGCUUGACGUGUCCCACCACGCUUUAGAAAGAUACCAGGCUCAGUGAUGCUUCCUUACAAUGUCAAAGGCGGUAGGCAUAUUGUCUCUCGUCCAAUUGCCUUCCUGUACCGCUUCAUGUGACCCUCACGCAAUACAAUGAUUUGAUGCGGUCUUGUCCUAC